UUAAAACCUCCAUAAAUGCAAGUAUCUGACAAUUCUUCAAACAGUUUACCUGGUAAACAAUGGAGAUGCUGUGUGAUCUUGAUCUUGAUUUGCCUUGGAUCCUCAUUCCUGCAGAAUCCAUGACUCUGAACUAAUUCAAUACUCAGAGAUGAUGAUAACACCUACUAUUUAAUUUAGAAUGCCUUGGGACUUGGAAGUGGGUGAUAAAUCUCUCCACCUUCUCAUACAUUGGGAUUAUUGUGAUCAGUUGUUUCAACUUAGGAUGUGACUCAUCAGAUAUGCUUAGAAACGAGGCUGUGUGUAGGUUGAGGAAUUAGAAGACCUACCCAAAGAAAGCUAUAGAUUAAACCUAAUGCGAGAGAGAGAGAGAGAGAGAGAGAGAGAGAGUUUAUUCAGAAGCGUGCACCUUGAACUCUUCUUUCAUAUAAUUUAAGCGAUGAGCCAAUUAAGAACGCUGGCAUUUAAAGCUCCUUCGCUGCCUCGUCCAGAAUUCAACUCCUGCUAUGAUGAGGUGGUGAUCUCUAUCAGCGAUAGUACAGGAAUCCAAGGCGUGCGAGUGCGAGAUCUGCGGCGAUUCUUGAGAUGCAUUUUCCACUCCUCCUCUCCUCCAUGCUUCCAUGUGACCCAGAUCAGUUAACAGCGCCAUUUGCAGAACAAAAGCUUAGAAGUGCUUCAAAACACCUCACAAUAAUCACCUAGAAUUUAAUGCACUCCCCCCCACUUGGAUCUUUGCUUAUAAAGGAGGGUAGCGGAGCGUGCUGGGCCAUUGCAUGCUUUAAGAACACCACCUCCACCUCCCGCAAGGAUUCUGUGGUCACUUGCUCUUGCUUGCGCACGUACGUCUUCUGGUUUGCAUGGCCCUCGCCAAUGGUCGGAUCCCACAAGGCUGGUCGUCGUCCCAUGCAUUAAUCCAUGGGGGAUGGGCAGCUUCUCCCCAGCUUUCUCUGAACGAGCUAUUUGAAGGAGAUCCUAUCUACUCAUUUAGUAGCAGUCACGCGUUGGGCGUGGCGAAUCCUUGUUCUUUGGAAGAAGCGCUGUCCGUCGUCGACUUCAGGGGAGUCCCGGGCGGCUGGUGCGGCUCCAACUCCUCGUUGCUGGACUUCGAGCAAGGUGACGGCGUGACGUGUACCGGAAUCGCUGACUCAUGGCUGGCUGACGGCCGAAUCUACUCGGAGAUGAUGAGUGCCUACGGUUCUAUAGGCAGCCCUGUGAGAGAGGUUGAAAUCCAAAAGAGAAGUAGGUCGAUGCCAAUAACGCAGGAAGGUGAUGUGCCAAGUCCGAAGAAGCGAUGCGGUAACGCUCGAACGAUCAAGGAGAAGUCGAGUCCAUCCAAGGAUCCCCAGACUCUUGCAGCAAAGAACCGGAGGGAGCGCAUAAGCGAGCGCCUUAAAACUCUCCAAGAUCUUGUGCCCAAUGGAGCAAAGGUUGACAUGGUUACCAUGCUUGAGAAGGCCAUCAACUAUGUUAAGUUCCUUCAGUUGCAAGUGAAGGUUUUGGCAACCGAUGAGUUCUGGCCUGCACAAGGAGGGAAAGCACCUGAUACUGCUCAAGUGAAGGAGGCAAUCGAUGCCAUCUUAUCUUCUCACAGAGACAGGGACUGUAGCUCGAACCAGUAAACUCCAUGUAAUGUUAGCUGAAACAGAACUGCAAACAUCCUUAGUCUGGAGUUAUGAACAUCUGAAAGAGUACAGUGAAUACUACCUCUGUCAUUUUUGGUUUCAA